AUGUCUAAAAAUGAUGAUUUAAGUGAAAUUUUAGUUCAACAAGUUGAUCUACCGCCACCACAACCUGGUGCUCGAUCAUUGAGUCAUGGAUUUUCGUUUAAAACUGCUGCCAACAGUGACAAAAUUGAAAGCGAUUUCGACAGUAAAAGUGGUACAAUUAUCAAAACAGAAAUAAGUGAAGUUGGAAAAAGUGUUAUUACUCUGAAAAAAGAGAUAGAAGAAAAUCCAGAUUCUACUUCUAUCCCUAAAGAAUCAAAAAUAUACAUCGGAUAUCACAGAAUAGAAAAAAAAUCAUCCGAAAGUAACAACCAAACCACGAAUUCAAUCCAUUACGACCUCGGCUUUUUUGAAACAAACGCAGACUUUAACUUUAACUGGUCGGUUGCGGUCAUUGAUAGUUCUGAAGAAAUCUGUUGGAUCGCAUUUUCUUUUUAUAAGUUUUCAAUCCUCGAACAUAAACCGGACAAAAAAUUAGGGAUAUACAAGCUCAAUCACGAAGCUGGUUCUCAUUAUUCUUAUACAUUGUUUGAAAAAAGUGUAUUUUUACUUGUAUAUCAUCACCCGAGCAGGAGUGUUCGACCAAUCCAUGUUACAGGAACCGGAAAUGGCAUUAUCAAAUUUUUAAACAACGAAGAACUUGUCAUUUUAAGGCGAAACAACUUUCGGAUAAUGCGAUGCAAUAGUGCAAUUCAUUUUAACACGGGAUUUGCCAAUUCUUUCUGGUCAACAGUGGCUCUUUUUAAUAUUGGCAAAGUUAGAAGAAAAAAGAGAAUAAAUACUGACCAUAAUUAUCCACUUCCAAUGAACAAGUUUGCAAAAAACUUGAAAUACACCGAAAACGUAGUGGAACAUAAAUUAAACAAUUUCGUAAAGGACCAUUAUUUAUACUCUAUUAAUCGAAACAAUAAAAUUGAACGCUAUGAUCUUACUACAGGUGAACUUGAUAGGCUAUUUAAUAUCAAUAAAAUUCUAGCGAAGUCUCCAGAGAAGAAACCCGAUGACACAACCGAUAAAGAGUCUCAAGGAGAUUCCAACAGUCAGACCGAACAAAAAUCUGAAAAGCAAAACGAUGACAAAAUCAAACAUACAGUAGUUUUACCGGUAUUCGCAGUGUCUAAUAAUGAAGAAAAACAGCAAUAUUUAGCAGCGUCACUUGGUUCCAAUUCUUUUACUGUUUAUUUUAUGCCAAACUCUAUCGAAUUAGUGACACAUGAAUUACCUGACGACAAUGCAAAAAUCAGGUUUAUGGCAUUUAUCUCGAAUAAUACAAAGCUUUUAAUCGUCUUUGAGAAAUCACCGUCGUCAGUGGUCGGACAAGGCCAAGACAUUGAAAAAGAAAUUUGGAUUUGGAAUAUGCCAGGAACUUUAAACUUUGAAGAGCAUUGUGAAACUGUCGAACUGGAAAAAAUUGCGAAAGACCAUCACUUGGAAUUAACGGAAAUAAAUCUGGAAAAUGCAUCACUUAAAAGUUAUUACAAGUUAGAGUAUGAAGAAACGUACAACGAAAAAUGUAAGAUAAAGGAUCUUGAAUUUUUUGUAAAGAAGAAUAGCAUCUUCUAUAAAAAGGAUGGUUUGAUCAAACUUUUUUAUCAAAACCCUGAUGAUAACAAGCAAAAUCCUGAAGAUAAUCAUCAAAAAACCGAGAAAAAUGUAUCUCAACCACUUGAAGACAACGUUGGAGAGAAGGAAAGCAUAAUCAACAAUGACGGCAACGGCGACGAAAAGAAAAUCGACGAAAUAAAAAUAGAAAUAGAAGGAGAGAAAAUAGUGAAAAUAUCGAAAAGAGAUGGAAAAGAAUAUGCUCUUAUUAAUAUUUGGUCGAUUCCAACAGCUUUUUCCAAAUAUGUUACCGAUCCAAUUAUAUCCAAGUAUGAGUUUGUCGAGGUCGAUCAAUCAGUAAAAAUAACAUUAAAAUCGCGUGCUAAUCAAAAAGAGUCUGGAUUUCAACACAACAUCGCAAUUAACCCACAAGCUACAUCUAUAGUAGGAAUGUGCAGUGCAUUAAAACUAAUAAUUAAACAAAAGGAAGAAGAUUAUAAAAAGAAUUCAGAGUCGCCAAAAAAAGCAGAAACGCCAGAUAAAUAUGAACAAUUAUUCCGUUCAAUAAAAAAAGUAGCGUCAAAUAUCAUCGAAGAAGCAAUCAAAAAUCAAGAUAAUUUUAGAAUGUUAGACGCUCGUUUUCGUAUCGUAGCAACGAUAAUUAGAGUGAAUUUUCAAAAACAACUUGAAUGUAUUUUAGCUAAACCUGAAGAUCGAUUACAUAUUCCUCGGCAAAAUGUUCAAGACAAAACAAAUACGUCAUUCAAAUUCAAUUCAGUUUUCCUUUUACCAAAAGCUCCGAUUGAUGAUGAGCAUCCUACUGCCUUAUUGAUUGCAAUAAAGCAAAAUCAGCAUGAUACGGUAGAGAAACUUCUCGAUUAUUAUUCUACUUUGGCUGUAGAUAAUCCGAAUUGGAUGGAUACUGUCACUAAAGUUUUGCCAGAAUUGAUUACAAAAUUUCCAAAAAACGUCAUACAAUUAAUGAACAGUGACGUUUUUCAUUCUAAAGAAAUUCCUCUUGAUCAAUCAUGGGAGUUUUAUCGACCAAAUAAUGAUCUAAAUAGGGUUUACUCUUUCCAUGCCGAAUUUAACCUUUUUGAUACUUAUCGUCAACAAGAAUACGAGAAAUUAACCAGCGAAAAAAAGAACCAGAUAUCUAGAUAUCGAAAGACGAAUAUGAAAUAUUGUCAAGUUCCUCUUCCAGGAUUAAUGACAAGUGACGUGACAUCUACGAGUAAAAGAAUUUGGAAGGCAGUAGUUGAUAAUACUUGUGACUUUUUCCUGAAUUUAGUCUUACUCGAGCGAAAUCAUGGCGAUGAAAGCCCAUUCACUAAGCUCAUAAUUCAUGAUAAGACGGGGGAAAUUUACGACAACCCAUCAAUAGAAGCAGUUGUCGACUUUCAAUGGCGCCACUAUGCCAGAGUUUUUGUUAUUAUUGGAUUCUUAUUAUAUAUUGCGUAUGCAAUUGUAUUCAUUUGGCUAAGCUACAGACAUUUGAGCAAGCUUGUGUAUAGUCAACCCAUUGGGCCCCUAUUUAUACCUGCUGCUUCGAUAAUGUGUGGAUUUGCUUAUAUAUUAUUAACUGGAAAAAUAAAGGGAGGACGCUAUUUAGCUAAUCAACAGCUGUUGCCAAUAGUUUUAUAUACUUUUGAUCUUGCUGGUUCGACUAUACCACUAAUUGGCUGCGCAAUGAUGAUAUCAGUCAAUUUGCAUUAUGAUGGCCUACUAGAAGUAUCUGAAUCCCGAGUGGAAUCUAAUUAUUGCCACGAACACCCUCGUCAGUGUAAAAGUCAAGUGAUCUUUUAUGCACUAUCUGGUUUAUUACUUUGGAUUGUAUUUAGCUCAACAUUUAACGGUUCUUUCAUAACAGAGAAUCCUGAUGGAACUACACAACCUCUCGUAAACAACGCAACUUAUCCUAAUUUCACUUUCCAUCAAAUCGUGGAUUGGAAUGAUCGAACAGACAAUUACUACUAUUUUUGGGAUAAAUCAGUCGAAGCCGUAUAUUUUUGGAUAAGUGGUCGCUGGGAUCAGGUUACAAAUUGGAAUUUUUGGCCGGUUGAUGUGGUCACUGUGAUUGCCAGUAUAUUUUUGGCUACUCUUCUGCAGAAUUUAUUGAUUAGUUUGAUGGGAAAUGCACUUGGUGAAUCGACUUUAGAAAAACGUGCAGUAAUUCAGAUGCGUGCUCAGCUAUUGAUCAACUAUACAGACGCAUUUGCUCAACAUAGAAACGUUUACUAUGCGAUUCCAACUGACGAAUGGAAAAAUUUACGGAAAACAAUAAAAGAAAGCAAUCGACUUGACACAUACGAGGAACAAUUAGAUGAAAAGCUUAAACGUAUUGAGAGUCAUUUAACGAAAAUAGAAACAAAUGACACAAACGAGGAACAAUUAAGAGAAAAGCUUAAACGUGACACAUACGAGGAAUUAGAAGAAAAGCUUAAACGUAUUGAGAGUCAAUUAGAAAAAAUAGAAACAAGGCAUAAUGAUACUAGCGCUAGCACUAAUGCUGACUUAAGCGCUCGAUUUGAUAAAUUGGAAAAGAAGCUUGACGAUCUUUUCAAAAGAUAG